UCCUUGAGCUUCCUCACCUCUUCUUCAUUUGUGUAAGCGGUUUUCAUCAGCAGCCAGACGUCACUUUAACGAUCUACCUGACCAUCAACCAGGUUCUCUUCCCUUCCGAUCAUCUUCUCCUGUUAGAUUCCUCCAUUUCUCGUUUCCGAGGAAGAUAGUUGCUCAUUACCAUGGCAAGCAGAAGCGCUUUCAGAUUUGUGUCUCGCAGGUUCUCUAACGGAAAAGUUCUCAGCGAAGAGGAGAAAGCUGCUGAGAAUGUUUUCAUCAAGAAAAUGGAGCAAGAGAAGCUUGAGAAGAUAGCUAGACAGGGUCCGGGAGAACAAGCAGCAAGUGGAGCCAAGGCUAGUGGUGGUGGUGGUGGAACAUCAUCAGCAUCGGCUGAAUCAGGGCCAAAAGUGUCAGAAGACAAGGACAGAAACUAUGCAGUGGUGGCGGGUGUGGUGGCUGUCGUUGGUGCCAUUGGUUGGUACAUGAAAUCAGGUGGAAAGAAGCAGCAGCCAGAGGUUCAAGAGUGAAAGAUUGAUGGGAGUAGCGAGUGAAUAAAACAGAAGAGAAUGGCUUUUACUCCUUCCUCUCUUGUGAGAAACUCUGGAAUUGCUACUUGUCUCUCUUUUCUUUUGGGUUUGGUUUCAAAAUCUUGAAUACAGUUUGUUGACAUUUAUUUUUGAAUCUUUAACUACAUAAAAGACUCUUCUUCUCUGCUCUGA